AUGAGGCCUAUUCUCUUGCAAGGCCAUGAGCGGUCGCUCAACCAAAUCAAAUACAACCGAGAAGGCGAUCUCCUUUUCUCGGUUGCGAAAGACAAAGUCAUCUGCGCGUGGUUCACCAGCAAUGGAGAAAGAUUAGGGACAUACAACGGCCAUCAGGGUGCGAUUUGGACCAUCGAUAUAUCCCCGAAUACCGACCUCCUUGCCUCCGGAGCCGCAGACAACACGAUAAAGUUGUGGAACAUCCGAACUGGUGAGAACGUCAAGACGUGGGAAUUUCCUACCGCCGUCAAACGGGUCGCAUUCAGUGAAGACGGGAAGCAAUUGCUGGCAGUCACGGAAAAGCGAAUGGGAUACCUGGGAACGAUAGUGGUCUACGACAUCCGAUAUGGCGAUGACCUGACAGAUCAGACGGACGAAUACAGCCUGAGGAUUACGUGUGAGGAAAGCAAGGCCACAGUUGCAGGGUGGGGCUACCUGGACAAGUACAUCAUCUCCGGCCAUGAGGAUGGAUCUGUUAGUCAAUGGGAUGCAAAGACUGGGGAACUAUUGAUGUCCCAAGAAGCCCAUGAGUAUGACACCACCAUCAACGACUUGCAGUUUUCUCCCGACCGAACGUAUUUCAUCACAGCUGGAAAAGAUAAGACGGCCAAGAUCCUCUCUACGCGGGACCUGAGCAUUCUCAAGUCGUAUACUGCCGACACGCCCUUGAACACGGCAGCCAUUACCCCAAAGAAGGAUUUUGUCAUCUUGGGAGGCGGCCAAGCGGCUAUGGAAGUCACCACAACGUCUGCUCGUCAGGGCAAGUUUGAAGCUCGCUUCUACCACAAAAUCUUCGAGGAUGAAAUCGGGCGUGUCCGCGGUCAUUUCGGGCCUCUCAACACUAUCGCCGUCCACCCGCAAGGCAUUGCAUACGCAAGUGGUGGUGAGGAUGGUUACGUCAGAAUGCAUGCUUUCGACAAGCCUUACUUCGAUUUCAUGUACGAGGUGGAAAGAGAGCAAGCUCGGAAAUGA